CGUCGUCCCCAGUAAAGUACGCGAUAGACCUGCCGUUAGUGUCCAGUCGUGAAGCCGCUUGGCAGCAUCAUAAACCGACCACAAGUUACACCGUUUCGGCCCACUCGUGACUGAAGAUGGCUGGCCGCAUCUUCAGCAUCGCUCUCUUGCUUCUGCUGGCUUCCGUCUUGCUUACCGAUGCCGUUUCUCUGGAUUUAGAUACAACCAAAGAGCUAGAAAGUGUGAUCAAGAACGACAACUUCAUCCUAUCCCUGAAACACAUCAAGCCAAAGAAACGGUCUAGAGGCCUGGUGGAAACCCUGGUUUCCAUCGACUUUCCAGGCGCCGAAAACAAAUUCUCCCUGCUGCUGGAUAGGAAGACCAAACGAGUGGUGGUGCAAACCCUGGAAGACAGCAGGCAAAGGGAGCAACACUUUACUGUGGACGUGUUGCAUGAUGAUAGUCUGAUCAAGUCGCUGAUUUUGGCCAUUAACCAGUCGCAACCAGCCCAUGCCAACUUGUACUUGAACUGUGUGGCCUAUGGGAUGGUCGCCACACCCAAAUCCAUGAGGGAAAUGUAUUCUGGAAUGAGAUGGCCCAAUCUGGAAGUGUUCCAUGAGCGAAAGUAUCAAAUGGAGGUGGACGGCUAUAGGGACAUUCGCGCAGUGCUGAGCAGGAACGAAUGCCCGCUGCCAAUUGAAAAGACCUUUGAUGCAGGUUUCAGCUCGGAUCUAUCCAGCAACUCCUUGAAAGACGAUCCCAACAUCCAGUCGCAGGAGCCCUACAGGAGCGUGGUGUCGUCUCCCACUAGAGGAGACAUUCCCCUGGUGACCACUCUGGAUGAUUUCGGAUUAAUCAACGCAAUGAACCAGCUGAUCAAUGUGGUGAACCUGGAGGUGGAAAAGUGCAAGGGGCAAGCUGAGGCCUUCGACAAGCUGAGACGGUUGAUCGAGGAGUGYGAGCUUUGCAGGCAGAGGCCGGUAGCUCCCCAAGUCCCCACCUGCGCCACUCAUCCUCCAGGCUGCGCCCCUGGAGUGCGUUGUCAUGAAACGCCYCAAGGUCCUCGAUGCGGAGAAUGUCCUUCUGGAUAYAUUGGGGAUGGCUACAGUUGCACGCCAGGCAAGUCCUGUGCCGAUCGUCCCUGCUAUCCAGGCGUAGAGUGCAGAGAUACUGCCAGAGGUUAUCAAUGCGGGCCGUGUCCUGGUGGCUUUGAAGGCAAUGGGGAGAACUGUCGCAGGAGAAAUCCCUGCGAGUACAACCCAUGCGCUCCAGGAGUGAGCUGUUCUCCAAUCAGCGAAGAUCCCUACUAUCAAUGCUCACAAUGUCCCGAGGGAUUUACUGGAAAUGGGGAGAAUUGCCACGACAUUGACGAGUGCGACUUGGUGCAUCCAUGUGAUCCAAAUGUGGAGUGCACAAACCUUUCGCCUGGAUACCAAUGUGGUUCCUGUCCCUCAGGUUAUACUGAAACCCACCGUUCUCAAGGAACUGGGAUUUAUUUUGCGGAAAGAAACCGGCAAGUCUGCACAGAUAUCGAUGAAUGUGCUAGUGGGAGUGUUUGCGUGGAGAAUUCCAGAUGCAUCAACACUUUGGGCUCGUACGAAUGCGGUUCUUGCGACUAUGGAUUCGUCGGCAAUCAGAGCAUCGGGUGCCGUCAAGGCGAAGGAUAUUGUCCGAAUAAUCUGCGAUGUGACCGUAAUGCAAAAUGUGGACAAUUAGUUUCCGGAGAAUACAUCUGCGUGUGCAUAGUUGGAUGGGCUGGAAAUGGGGAAAUCUGUGGGCGAGACUCGGACUUGGACAGCUGGCCUGAUGAUCAGUUGCCAUGUGGAGAAGAGCACUGCAGAAAAGAUAACUGCCUUGACCUGCCUAAUUCCGGACAGGAAGACGCCGACGGAGACGGACUUGGAAAUGCCUGCGAUCCAGAUCCAGAUGGUGAUAAUGUUAUAUCGGAUGAUAACUGUCCUUUCCGCCCCAAUGCUGACCAAAGGGACUCCGAAAGAAAUCCAGACAAAAUCGGAGAUGUUUGCGACAAUUGCGUAAACGUUUACAAUCCAGACCAAUCGGACAUUGAUAACGACGAUAUUGGAGACGCUUGCGAUCCCGACAUGGAUAAUGAUGGCAUUUUAAAUGAACGAGAUAACUGUCCAAGACACGCCAACAGGAAUCAGCUGGAUUCGGAUGGGGACGGGCUUGGAGAUGUGUGCGAUAAUUGCCCCAGCAGAUACAAUCCCGAGCAGGAAGAUGUGAAUGAAAAUUUGGUGGGAGAUGUAUGUGAAACCCGGAAUGAUAUAGAUCGCGAUGGGGUAAAUGACGAGCGAGAUAAUUGCAAGUAUGAGCCCAAUCCAGAUCAACUAGACACAGAUCGGGACGGUUUGGGGGACAAAUGUGACGAAGACAUUGAUGACGAUGGGAUACCGAACGAUCGCGAUAACUGUGUCUAUCGCUACAACCCCGAUCAAGCAGAUUCCGACCGUAACGGCAUUGGAAAUAUAUGCCGGCACAAUACAGAUCCGGAUGAUGUUCCCGAUAAUUUCGACAACUGUCCCAACAACAGCCUGAUCUACAGAACGGAUUUCAGUAAAUACCAAACGGUAAUCCUGGAUCCCAUUGGUGAAUCGCAGAUAGAUCCCAAUUGGGUAAUAACGCAUCAAGGAGCUGAAAUUUCUCAAACCAUGAACAGUGAUCCAGGCUUGGCUGUCGGACAUGAUGUCCUGACUGGCGUGGAUUACGAAGGAACUUUCUUUGUGGACACUGAAAUCGAUGACGACUAUGUGGGGAUUGUUUUCAGCUAUCAGGACAACAGGAAAUUCUACACGGUGAUGUGGAAGAAGAAUCAGCAGACGUAUUGGCAGCCAACCCCAUUCCGAGCCGUGGCUGAACCUGGAAUACAGAUUAAGCUAGUAGAGUCUGAAACAGGGCCAGGCACUCACAUGAGAAACGCUCUUUGGCAUACCGGAGACACUCCCAAGCAGGUGAAACUGCUCUGGGUUGAUCCAAAAAAUGUGGGCUGGAAAGAGAGGACGCCUUACAGAUGGAUCUUGAUCCACAGGCCCCUGAUUGGUCUGAUUCGGCUCAAUAUUUUCGAGGGAGAGCAGAUGAUUGUCGAUUCUGGAAACAUAUACGACAGCAGUCUUACAGGAGGACGCGUAGGCGUAUUGUGCUUCUCACAGGAGGCGAUCAGAUGGUCUGAUCUGGCCUACCGUUGCAAUGAUAAUCUGCGGGAGGAAAUCUACAAUGAGCUGCCGCAUUCAUUGCGCGGCCGCGUCCACAUUGACAACACAAUCUACCAGCACAUUCAACAGCAACCGUUCCCUUGGAACAACUAAGCUACCACCAGUGUAGUCAGUCAUAGAAUCAGCUACUAAUUGACUAUCUGUACUUACUGCGUAAAUGUUACAUAUUCGUGUACUAAUAUCCAAAAAUAGUGUUGUAUUAAUAAAUAUGGAUGAGACGAA